ACGGAUACCACAUCCUUUGGGAGACAACAGCCACAAUGUCGAAAAUCUCAGUUGCCGGCGUCCGCGCCAACGUCAAGGAACUGCUCGAGUACUCGAACGAAACCAAGAAGCGCAACUUCCUCGAGACGGUCGAGCUCCAGAUCGGCCUCAAGAACUAUGAUCCCCAGCGUGAUAAGCGUUUCUCCGGGACGGUUAGGCUCCAGACGGUGCCGCGCCCACGCAUGGCUCUCUGUGUGCUUGGAGACCAGCACGAUAUUGAUCGAGCCAAGCACCACGGAGUCGACGCUAUGUCCGCGGACGACUUGAAGAAGCUCAACAAGAACAAGAAGCUCAUCAAGAAGCUGGCGAGGAAGUACGACGCCUUCAUCGCCUCUGAUGCGCUCAUCAAGCAGAUUCCUCGUCUCCUUGGCCCGGGCCUUUCGAAGGCCGGCAAGUUCCCCACGCCCGUCUCCCAUGCCGAGGAUCUUAGCAACAAGAUCACGGAGGUCAAAUCGACCAUUAAGUUCCAGCUGAAGAAGGUGCUCUGCAUGGGUGUCGCUGUUGGAAACGUUGGCAUGACUGAGGACGAGCUCAUCUCCAACAUCAUGCUGGCUAUCAACUACCUCGUCUCGCUUCUGAAGAAGGGCUGGCAGAACGUUGGAAGCUUGACGAUCAAGGCCACUAUGAGCCCUCCCAGGCGCCUCUACUAGACAGCGUUCUCCACGUCUGUCGGAUUGGUGUUGUGGGUGAAUGUGCUUGGCUUUCUGCAGUGGGAAUCGUUCGCUCGACAAACCCAACCGACAUCUGAAAACAUGGGCAGUAGUGUAGCUAGUCAAUGAAAUCAUGAAGCCCACAAAA